CUGGUGACUUGUGGUAUGUUACGCAGUUAUAAUGUAAUUUUUAACUAAUGUCGAGUAGUUACUAUUAACCAAUCUACGGACGUUGGUCACGUGGUUUUUCCCUUUCCCACUCGUGUCCAUCAUGAAAGCUCGUGGUGAACUCAAAGAGUAUAAAAUAAUUGGGCGUGGCAUCCCCAGUCCCAAGAACCGCGUGCCACCCAUCUAUCAGAUGAGAAUAUUUGCACCGGAUCCUGCAACUGCGAAAUCUCGAUUCUGGUAUUUCUCCAGUUUACUAAAAAAGUUGAAGAAGGCUCAUGGAGAGAUCAUCUUUUGUUCUCGAGUCUAUGAAAAGCGACCAAUGACUGUGAAGAACUUUGGAAUCUGGUUGCGUUACACGUCUCGUAGUGGAAUCCACAACAUGUACAGAGAAUACAGAGACCUGACUGCCGCCAAGGCCGUCACUCAGUGCUACGUUGACAUGGGCGCUAGACAUCGUGCUAGAGCUUCGUCCAUUCAGAUUAUUCGUGUGGAGUCCAUUCAAGCCAACAAGUGCAGGAGACCCAACAUCCAGCAGUUCCACAACAGCAAGAUCAAGUUCCCGCUGCCUCACCGCGUGGACAGGAAACUGCACACCUCGCGCUUCACCACGCGUCGCCCACACACCACCUUCUAAACGAAACGUGGAGAACUCAAAUAAAAUAAAACAUUGAUGAAUGAA